AUGGCUAACGGCUCAGAAGGCAGCAAACUCUCAACCGCCGCCAACAUCAUUGGCCUCCUCACUUUCGCUCUCUCGGCUCUUAACCUGGUGAUACUUUUUGACCUGGAUUUCGCGGGCUUCAAAGGCAACAGCAAUUGCCUCAUUCACGCGCCAGCAAAUACCAGGAUUCCGGAAGAAAAGUCAAAGUUGGACGACAGCCAGCCAGAAGAAGGGUUACAGGAGAUCCUCAAGGAUGUUCAGGCCUGCUACGAGCAGGCAAAAGUCAUCAUCUCCGAAACGGAAACCACUCUGCACCUUCUCUCCGAGCAAAUCAGUGUUGCGGGCUAUGCAAGAGCUACGGUACGAUCGAUACUACGAUUGGAUCUUGCGGGUUCCUGUAAAGUGUCGGUGGCGGUGUGGAGACAACUUAAGAACUGGAGAGAAUCGCGCGAGAGCAUGGGUAAACUUGAGGACAACUACCAGGAGUUAGGUGUGAAUAUAUGGCUCGCUCAACAGUGUCUUCCAUUCACCAUCGACCGUCAAGCAAACACCAUCACCGAAAUCGCCAACACCGUUAAGACACGCGUACCCACCGAGCUUACACCGGCUGAACCUACACCAAGCACAUCAGCAUCUUAA